UGAUCCAAACAAAACUGCAUACAUGUUUAAAUUUACUUUAACUAUCUUAAGACAUCUGUGUUAAUAUACAAAAGUUUAAAGCCAAUACGGCAGUCAAAGUCAAGGUUGUGCAUCGAGAUAUAAACUGCUCGGAACAUCUUAUAUCUUACCACAAACCUGCAGAGUCUUGGCCUUGCGAGCAGAUGUUUCUGUACGUCUAUAGUAGUGACAUAUAAAAAAUAAAUAAGAUAUAAGUACCCGACUUGAGUGGCUUAGAAUCAUUAAUUGUUUUUAAGUCGGUCCACAGACAACACCUGCAAUGAAAUACUUUGUGAUCUUUGCUCUUGCUGCUUUCGUCCUUCUUCAGGCUGCAUCGGGUUUCAAGCGAAUAGUCUAUGUGGUGCCUGUAACCACCACUAAUACGACCACGACCACAACUACGCCAUCAACAUCAACGAACUCCACAUCCUCAGCGAACUCAACAUCCACAACAAACACCACCACAACCGUCGUGACUCAGAGCAUAGUCUACUGCUCCUGGAAGAACAACUGGUGCCGUCCCACCUCGAACACCGCGAGUGUUUGCAAAUGGGGCAUCUGCAACCUCUUUGGCUAAAUCAAUAGUCAAUAAAAAACGUUGGCAAUGUUUUAGCACAAAUUUUCAUGGGUUUUAUUUGAAAGUCUGGCUUGGUCAAAAAAGAGACUUGCUGGAACGGUUUCAUUCUUAACUUGAUACUGGGAAAACCACAC